AAUCAGUGAUUAGGGGGAGAUAAUCACUAUAUAAGUGUUUUGAUUUAAUUUUUGCCAAAGACUGUAUUCAAUUUGGGACAAAAUGGUGGUUAAAGUGGUUUUGUUGCUUGUGGCGCUCGCCGGGUGCUUUGCCAUACCAGCUCCCGAACCGGAUCAGUCCUCGUUCUUCGAGCACGUCAACCAUGAGGCCCGCAUCGUCGGAGGCUCCCAAGCUCUGGAAGGUGGUCACCCACACAUGGUGGCGUUGUCCAGCGGCGUGCUGGUCAGGAGUUUCCUCUGUGGAGGCUCCUUGAUCACGUCCCGCUCUGUCCUCACUGCCGCGCAUUGUAUUGAAGCCGUGUUCAGUUGGGGCGCACUUAGCACAUCUCUGCGCGGUACAGUCGGCACCAACCGUUGGAACCAAGGCGGCGCAUCAUACGCGUUCGAGCGCAACGUCACCCAUCAGAACUACGUGUCUUCCACUAUUAAGAACGACAUCGGGCUGCUCAUCACGACCAGCAAUGUACUCUUGUCAUCAACUGUCAAUGUUCUGCCACUGAACUUUAACCAAGUUGGUGGCGGUGUCGUCGCUAGGGCCGCUGGUUGGGGAAGAAUCAGGCAAGGCGGUGCCCUGUCGACCCAGCUCCUCCAACUGGACGUGAGCACCCUCGACGGUGAAACCUGCGUGAGAGAUGUCGCACAAGCGGCUAUAGACUUCAACAUUAGGAACGUGCCUCCGGUGGAGCCCCACAUCGAAAUCUGCACCACCCACUCUGUCAACCACGGCAUGUGCAAUGGUGAUUCCGGCAGCGCCCUAGUCCACCAGGACCAGGGCGGUCAGAUCGGCAUUGUGUCGUGGGGAAUUCCCUGCGCACGCGGCGCGCCCGACAUGUUCGUCAGAGUCAGCGCCUACCAGACCUGGAUCUUGGCCAAUGCUACAUUACUAGACCUGCAACGAAAGCUUCACACCAUCAACCUAUAA